AUGUUAGCUUUAACAAAAAUAGUUCAAGAAAAUGAGUCGAAAAGUGCCGUUAUUGAGGUUAGUGUGGCUCAAAUACAACUUGACGUCAGAGCAAUCAAGAAAAGGGUGGAGAAUCUCGAAUCUAAGGAUAAAAUUCAUAGUCCAAACACUGAGAGCACUCGGAUCGUCCAGAAGCCCAGUAAAGUAGUUUCAGAUGACGAAUCCGAGAACAAAGAGGAAAAAUAUGAGCCCGAAGAGAGAACGGAUAGGAUUCGGACGAUGCUGCCAAUGGACAUGUAUCCAAACAAAAUAAAAAUUAAACCUCCUACAUACGAUGGAUCGGAAAGAAAAAGACCGAUGAAGUUCAUUAAGGAGUUCCGGCGGUAUUGUGAGGUGACAAAUCCCACAAUCACUGAAAUGAAGUAUUUGCUGGGACACUGUCUCGAGAAAGCCGCAAAAGAAUGGUGGGUUCUUAUUGAGGACCGUGUAGAGGAUUUCGAGGAAGUAGAGAAGAAAUUCGUUGAGCGUUUCUGGAGCACAGAUGUCCAGAGAAAAGUGAGGAAAGACCUCGAAUUCGGACACUACUCUGAUAAGGAUAACAAAACAUCGAAAGUGGAAUACACAAUCAACAUUUUCGGAGCCGCGAAGGAUCUCAUCCCUCCUCCAAGCGACGAGGACAUAAUCGCAUCACUCUCGCAACAUUAUACGGAUGAGAUUCAGGCAACUAUAAUCAGUCGAGGAUUCAAAACACUGGAACAAUCGAUCGAAUUCUUGGGAAAGAUAGAUCGGCAUGGACCAAUAAAUUCGAAAAAGGAGAAGGAAGCUUCUCAAACAAGUCAAAAUCAGAACAAAAAUGAGCAAAGGCCAUUCCGUAUGCCUCAAAACAACAAUUGGAAUAACCAGGGUGGAUAUCAGAACAAUUUCAACCGUGGAAACCCAAACUGGAAUCAAAAUAACCGACCCAAUGGAGGUUAUAACAACAAUAACGGCUGGAACAAUCAACAAAACCGCAAUUACCAGCAAAAUUACAAUCAAAGGCCCAACAACAAUUAUCAACAAAAUUACAACCAGCGGCCAAACAACGGAUAUCCUCAGCAGAAUCGAAAUAACGGAAAUAAUAAUCAACAGAACGGAUAUAAUCGACAAAAUCAGAAUCCGAAUUGGAGACUGCAACAGAACAAUGGAGGAUACCGGCCGCCGAAUAAUCCUAACGACCACCGUCAAACCAACGAACGACAACAGCCGGAAGUCCAAGCGAUGGAGGUCCAUCAAGAGCCUCAGCCGUCGACAUCUCGGGCGGGAAACGAAUAA